UUUCUCCAGCGGCAUCAUUUGCGCCUCGUAGGAAGGAGACAGCCACAAUUUUUACUCUCGUGAAUUUUAAUAUAUCUUCAUGACACUUUUUGCGUCUUUUUAGUGUCUUUGCUGUCAAGUGAAGAGAGACAUCUUUUCUUCGCCCACCUGAGGAGCUUUUUUUCCCCUCAAGCAGACAAGUCCUCCUCAUCGAACCGAGCCACCGAACCUCCAAGGAGAGCCGAAAUGGGGUAUGGACGGUCAGACAGCUAUCGCGUGGCUACCACGCAGGACAAGGAUGAAAAGGAGUCACCCAAGAAGAAAGGAGGCAAGGACAUGGACGACCUCAAGAAGGAAGUUCCCAUCACGGAGCACAAAAUGUCUGUGGAGGAAGUUUGCAGGAAAUACACCACUGACAUUGUUCAGGGUCUGACUAACGCCAAGGCCGCGGAAUAUCUGGCCAGAGACGGCCUGAACGCCCUGACCCCGCCGCCCACAACUCCGGAGUGGGUCAAGUUCUGUCGCCAGCUCUUUGGCGGCUUUUCCAUCCUGCUGUGGAUCGGCGCCAUCCUCUGCUUCCUGGCCUACGCUAUCCAGGCCGCCACGGAGGACGAGCCUGCCGGGGAUAACUUGUAUCUUGGUAUCGUGCUGUCGGCCGUCGUCAUCAUCACCGGUUGCUUCUCCUACUUCCAAGAAGCCAAGAGCUCCAAGAUCAUGGAGUCCUUCAAGAACAUGGUCCCCCAGCAAGCCCUUGUGAUCCGCGAAGGGGAGAAGAUGCAGAUCAAUGCUGAGCAGGUGGUUGCUGGCGACCUGGUGGAGGUGAAGGGGGGAGACAGGAUCCCCGCAGACCUCCGCAUCAUCUCGUCUCACGGCUGCAAGGUAGACAACUCAUCCCUGACUGGGGAAUCAGAGCCGCAGACCAGGUCACCUGACUGCACUCAUGACAAUCCUCUGGAGACGCGCAACAUCGCCUUCUUUUCCACCAACUGCGUGGAGGGCACGGCUCGCGGCAUCGUUGUGUGCACGGGCGAUCGCACUGUAAUGGGCCGCAUCGCAACCCUCACCUCUGGCCUGGAGACUGGAAAGACGCCCAUCGCCAAGGAGAUCGAGCACUUCAUCCACAUCAUCACCGGCGUAGCCGUUUUCCUCGGCGUCACCUUCUUCAUUUUGUCACUGGUCUUGGGGUACUCCUGGCUGGAGGCUGUCAUCUUCCUCAUCGGCAUUAUCGUUGCCAAUGUUCCCGAGGGCCUGUUGGCUACAGUUACUGUGUGCCUCACACUGACCGCAAAGCGAAUGGCUCGCAAAAACUGCCUGGUGAAGAAUCUAGAGGCGGUGGAGACACUGGGAUCCACCUCCACGAUUUGCUCAGACAAGACAGGCACCCUGACUCAGAACAGGAUGACCGUAGCCCACAUGUGGUUUGACAACCAGAUCCAUGAGGCAGACACUACUGAGGACCAGUCAGGCUCCUCCUUUGAUAAAAGCUCCACUACGUGGGUGUCCCUGGCCCGCAUCGCUGCCCUGUGCAACCGCGCCGUUUUCAAGGCCGGUCAGGAGUCUUUGCCCAUCCUGAAGCGCGACGUGGCCGGCGACGCCUCCGAAUCUGCGCUGCUCAAGUGUAUUGAGCUCUCUUGCGGUGCCGUCAAGACCAUGAGGGACAAGAACAAGAAAGUGGCCGAGAUCCCCUUCAACUCAACCAACAAGUACCAGCUCUCCAUUCACGAGAGUGAUGACGAGUCGGACAACCGCUACCUUCUGGUGAUGAAGGGAGCACCUGAGAGGAUCCUGGACCGCUGCUCCACCAUCAUGUUGCAGGGCCGCGAGCAACCCAUGGAUGAUGAGAUGAAGGAGGCUUUCCAGAACGCUUACCUGGAGCUGGGAGGCCUGGGGGAAAGAGUGCUGGGUUUCUGUCACCUCUUCCUGCCAGAAGAGUCCUACCCGAAAGGCUUUGCCUUUGACACAGACGAUGUCAACUUCCAGACGGACAACCUCUGCUUCGUGGGCCUCAUGUCCAUGAUCGACCCGCCCCGCGCCGCCGUUCCCGAUGCCGUUGGCAAGUGUCGCUCUGCUGGCAUUAAGGUCAUCAUGGUGACUGGCGAUCAUCCAAUCACAGCCAAGGCCAUCGCCAAGGGCGUAGGCAUCAUCUCCGAGGGCAAUGAGACCGUGGAAGACAUUGCUGCACGUCUCAACAUUCCCGUGAGUCAGGUGAACCCCAGGGAUGCAAAAGCCUGCGUGAUCCACGGAACAGACCUGAAGGAGCUCAACCAAGACCAGAUGGAUGACAUUUUGAGGAAUCACACAGAGAUCGUUUUUGCUAGGACUUCGCCUCAGCAAAAGCUCAUCAUUGUAGAGGGAUGCCAGAGACAGGGGGCCAUCGUGGCUGUGACGGGCGACGGCGUCAACGACUCCCCCGCCCUUAAGAAAGCCGACAUCGGUGUCGCCAUGGGAAUUUCUGGCUCGGACGUGUCCAAACAAGCCGCUGACAUGAUCCUGCUGGAUGACAACUUUGCCUCCAUCGUCACAGGCGUCGAGGAAGGCCGCCUGAUCUUUGACAACCUGAAGAAGUCCAUCGCGUACACGCUGACCAGCAACAUCCCCGAGAUCACCCCCUUUCUCUUCUUCAUCCUGGUCAACAUCCCACUUCCUCUGGGGACCAUCACCAUCCUUUGCAUUGACUUGGGCACGGACAUGGUGCCAGCCAUCUCUCUGGCAUACGAGGCGGCGGAAAGCGACAUCAUGAAGCGUCAGCCAAGGAACCCGAUGAGGGACAAACUGGUCAACGAAAGACUCAUCAGCAUCGCCUACGGACAGAUCGGUAUGAUCCAAGCUCUGGGCGGGUUCUUUGCCUACUUUGUUAUCAUGGCGGAAAAUGGCUUCCGGCCCUCCGUUCUGAUGGGAAUCCGCCUGAAUUGGGACGACCGCUCCAACAAUGACCUAGAGGACAGCUACGGACAACAAUGGACAUAUGAACAGCGCAAAAUCGUGGAGUUCACAUGCCACACAGCCUUUUUUGUCAGCAUCGUGGUAGUGCAGUGGGCUGACGUCAUCAUCUGCAAGACCAGACGCAACUCGGUCUUCCAGCAGGGCAUGAGGAACAAGAUUUUGAUCUUCGGCCUGUUUGAAGAAACUGCCCUCGCCGCCUUCUUGUCUUACUGUCCGGGCAUGGAUGUGGCGCUACGGAUGUAUCCGCUCAAGGCUAGUUGGUGGUUCUGCGCAUUCCCAUACAGUUUCCUCAUCUUUGUUUACGAUGAGAUCCGAAAGCUCAUCCUGCGCCGAAACCCUGGAGGUUGGGUGGAAAAGGAGACGUAUUAUUAAAUUAUCAAAACCUCACAGUCUCCUCCUUCCCCUUUUUCCCCCACCCUCGCACCCCCGUCCCCGGCCGGCCCCUCCCAGACCGUCAGCCGAUCGGCUCGCACAUUACAAGCGCACGUGCUCGUUCACAAUCUGCCGUCCAUUGUUGUUGUUGUUUACAUUUAGACAAGUGCACGUUGCCACGGUAACGAGCUGCGAUGUUUACUCUGCCGCCAUCUUCGUCCCACACACACACAAAAAAAAAAACCCAUCAAGAUGGCGCUGGGACCAAUUACGGUGAGGUCUUAACACACACGUAUCCUCGCCGUCCCUUUUCUCUCCGACGCUCAGCUCGAAACUGCCAACCGCCGCCAUUGUGCCGAUGCCUGUUGCCAUGGUGCCCGUAGGUGCCGCCGUUGUCGUCGCUUUCUCAACUCCACUGCCGUGCCGCUUUUCAAAAAAAUCAAAUGUUUGCAGCUCGGGCCUCACAGUUUUGGGGUUCGAAUCUCGUAUUCCUCCUGUCGCCUCCUUGUUAGUCACUUCCUCCUAGCUGCCCCGCCACAGUGUUAAACUGCUUGUUUUGUUACAGAAAACUGGCUGUCGUCGUCGUUUUUUUUUUUUUUUUUUUUUU